GUUUCCCAGACCUCGGUCAUUCACACACACCUGCACAGCCAUCGUUAUCCGAGUUCCACCUAUACUGUUACCGACUUGCCAUUUUCUUCAGUCCAUAUUUUUUACUCAGCUAGACAGUAUCGCUUGUUGAAGGCUUCCAUCGGAGGAGGGUUAGAAUGUGCGCUGGUAGGGCACAGGACACACCCAGCAGACUAAAGCUGCGUCUUUGUAAUCAUUGGAACUGAGAGAGAAUUGAAAGGCAAUAACUUUCUCACAAGGCAAACAGGGAUAUGAUGGACAAUAGGAGCUACUGUAAUCUGCCAGAAAAACUGCCUGUCUUCUCUGACUCUGCCCACUUGCCUCUGACCCGGUCCUUCUAUCUGGACCCUAUGGUCACUUUCCACUUGUACCCAGAAGCCCCGGUACCAUCCCCUUACGCUGAAGACCUGCCGUUGCUGCCCUUUCCCAGUGAUUCCCUGAUGGUGGAAAAUUACAGCGAAGCCUGCCCCUUCUCCUUCCCAAUGCCCUAUGCAAGUUACAGGAGGUGUGAGUACUCCUACGGGCCCGCCUUCAUCCGGAAAAGGAACGAACGGGAAAGGCAGCGGGUGAAAUGUGUCAACGAAGGCUAUGCCCAGCUCCGACACCAUCUGCCAGAGGAGUACUUGGAGAAACGACUCAGCAAAGUGGAAACCCUCAGAGCUGCAAUCAAGUACAUUAACUACCUGCAAUCUCUUCUGUGCCCUGAUAAGGCUGAGAUCAAGAAUAACGCUGGGAAAGGUCCCACCAUAAUAGCAACCACCAGCCACCACACCGACCCCAUUUUUAGAAUCAUUUGACUCAGUGUUUCCAAAUAGAAGCAAAUAAUGUCACAAAAUGGGGGCUCUUAGAGCAUCAUGCAGUAGUUUUUCCUAAAUGUAAUUUCUGUGUGGGCAGAUAGUAGCUCAAAGGCCAACCUAUGGUGGAUGUUUAUUACCUGGAUUUCAGACAUUACCUUCUGCAGAUUGAAAAGAUGAUUCUUAAGCCUUGGCGAUUGCUUUCAAAUACUUGAGAGGAACGGGAGUCCCAGGAUCCUCUAUACCUCUCCACUUGCCCUUCUCACACCCUUCCUCAGAGUCCCAGCUGUGAGAAAGUCUCACAAAAGCAUUGUAUGGCUAAUGAUCACUGAAUGCUUGUAAAAUGCACUUUGCAGGCACCGCAUGCAAAGCAAACUCAAUGAACCUCCCUUGAUUUGUCAAGUCUGGUGUUUUUUAUUAUUUGGGGUUGACAAUAAAUCUACACCUUACCCAUGUCAUGAUGGGCAAGUGGUCUCAGAGCUGAGGCAAAAGUAGUCAACAAAA